CUCCAACUGGGCUGCCUCCCCAGCCAAGCCGAAACCCUAGGCAAGCACGCAGCCGCCGCGUAUCCCCGACCGCCAUAGCCGGGGCUCUACGUUUCAGCCGAAAUCCGAGAAUCCCCGUUGCCGAACACCACAAUCCGCGGCGACUGCUCGAUCCAAGAAGGUGAGAAGAUGACGCAGAAGCAGACCAUGUUCAAGGGGCAGACCAAGAAGAAGUCCAUCCCUCCCAGCCGCCAUGGCAAGGCGCCCCACAUCCGUAAAGGGAAGAGGGCCGUGAAGCCGACCAAGUGCACCAAGGACAUGGACGCCGACAAGGACCUCACAAAGUUCAUCAACCACGCGAACGAAAUAAAAGCUGCAAAUAAAGCUAGCAAAGAAGGUGGCGACCUCAGCAUAGUGAAGUCCGACGCGGAUACUUCCAACUCAAAGCAGUAGGCUGGAGGCUUAUGCUACUUACUGUGACGCACAAUAUAAGAUGAGUGUAAAAUGAUCCAUAUAUCAUGCUUUCAUGAAGAAAUUAGACUCCAAAUCGAUGGUUAGAAGAGUAUGUUUAGUUCACCCUACAUCUGUUGUAAUCUGUUACCAGUUCUGUGAAAUCCAAGUUUUCUCCUGUGAA